AUGUUUAAUAGACCCGAGCAUUAUCCACCACAACACAUUAACCAACCUCACCAAGACCCAAAUUUAAAUCACCAACCUUUCAAUUAUUCACACCAGUAUAAUGGGUUGCCACCAAUAGGAAUGAUGAUGCAACUGAAUACUCACUACCAACCUCAAGCUCAACCACAGGUACCGCAACCGACGGCCAUACCUCAUAGUCAACUUCCUGUUCAUCUUCAACAACAACAACAACAGCAGCCACCAUUAGUACAACAACACCAUUACAUUCAUCAACAACCAGUAUUCCACCAAUCGAAUCAUAUGGUGACACAUGACCAUAAACCAAGUACCAGCUCCAGCCAUAAACGAGGACCAUGGUCACGCGAGGAAGAUGAAAAAUUGCUUGAGCUAAUUAAGAUUCAUGGUGCUUCAAAUUGGGUUAAGAUAUCCAGCAGCCUCGAGACCCGUACUGCCAAGCAAUGUCGUGAAAGGUAUCACCAGAAUUUGAAGCCAUCUUUAAAUAGAUCUCCAAUUACACCAGAAGAAGGUGCCAAGAUCGAGAGAUUGGUUGCCAUUCAUGGUAAGAAAUGGGCUGAGAUUUCUCGUCAUUUAGAAGGUCGUUCCGAUAAUGCCAUUAAAAAUUGGUGGAAUGGUGGUGCUAAUAGAAGAAGAAGAGCAAGCUUGGCCACUACAACUCUGAGCAUCAAUGGGAAUAAUUCCAUUGCGGAAGAACUUCAGAGAAAGUCUCCAACCCCGGAAACUGCUACUAUCAAUUCCGAAGCUGAAAUGACCAAUAAACAAGAUUCUACUUAUAGUAAGUCUAUCUUACCACAGCCACAGCCACAACCACAGCCACUGCAGUCAAUUACUAAUUAUCCACCUGCAAGCGCCCCUGUUCAACCCCAACCAUUCCAACAUGCACAACCACAGAGAUUGCCUAGUUUCCAUCAACUACCCCAGAUUGCAUUCAAAACGUCCAUGUUUGGUAAGGACAAUGAGAAAAGCACACUUCCAAGUUUAUCUAAAUCGUUACAUCCAAGCUCUUUGUCGUCAUCAACUCCACCACCACCGGAAAACCAUCAAGCUGCUGCUGGCAGUUCACCUCUAAAAUCAAUCAGUCAUAGGUCAGCCAGCUUUGACAUCAAUUCCAAUAUCUUGCCACCUAUUUCUCAAUCUAACAAGAGAAGAUUGAUUGACGACCAAUUUGGUCGUAGACAUUCAAGUGUUUCCUCAACAAUUUUCCAUAAUCAAAAGAAUGUAUCUCACCCUAAUUUACUUCUUGUUCAUUCUGCUCGUACUUCUGUUAGUGGACCUAGCGGAAGCAAUUAUGGAACCGGGUCCCCUUCAUACAACGGAUCCCCUUUACUGAUGAGCACAGCGGCAUCAAGAAACAAUUCCAUCACUCAUUUUGAACUUAUCAAUAACUCAACUAUACCUUCAAGAAGAUCAAGCACCUUCAAUUCUGAUUUAUUCCCUAAUCCAUUAGCCAAAGAAAACAACAAUGGCAACGACAAUCAUAAACGACGCGAGUCGCAAAACUCGUCUUUCAAUUCUCCAAUGUUGACACCACUGACAAGGUUUUCUGUGUCUUCCAUGACGUCUGUACAUAAUUCAACUAUACAUAAUUACAAUUCGUCGUCAGUGACAUCUCCUACUACUUCAUUCAAGAAUGCAUAUUCAGCUAGUAGCACAUCGAUAAAUUUACCAGUAGAGGAAGAGGAACCAGAAACUGGUGCUGAUAAGCAGAAAAUCAAUGAACCAAGCAAAGAUGAAGUCACAGCUGAACAAAAUGGUGAUGAAAAAGUAGGCAAAAAGAGAAUGGCAGUUUCUUCAUUACUUGAUUAA